CAUACAGUGAGAGAAUAUAAAGCAUUAUAUUAUGUGUUAUGCAGUGUCUGAGUGUUAGUACAGUACUUGUGCCUCAAUUACCGCACAUUAUAUAUAAAUUAAUAAUUAUUAUUAUUCACAAAACACAUCACUAAACGGAAAGAGAGUGAGAGUGAGUGAAUGAUAGAGAGAGAAAGGACUGGGAGUUUGGGAAAAGGAAGUCAUACUUAUACUAUACAUGAAUUAUAUGAACACAAACUGACAGAAAAAAAGUUGCUAUUAUUACAGUACUAUUCAAAGUCAAAGCCUCACUCAUAAGUGUUUCUCACACACGAAUUCAGUCGAUAACUUCAUUAUGAAAUUAUCUGUGAAUUAAGAAAUAUGUGAAAAAAAAGUUUUUUCCUUCAAAAGUCAGUUGUUAAAGGGAAUCGUCUUUUUGUGCACUCAUUUUACAUCACAUAUUGGUAUCAGUGCUCAAAGGAGUAGUGAAUUUCAUUUUCUCGUUAAAUCAGCGCAUCGUUUAUACACUGGUAUGCGAUUCCGUGCGGUUUGAAUGUUUUGUGUCACACAAUUUGAUUGCCAAUUCACACUUAUAACAGAUUAAAUGUCAACCAAAAUCAUGACUACCAAUUCAAACAUCGGAUCCACCCGUCCCAUCAAAGUGGUUGUCGUAGGGGACGGAACGGUAGGAAAGACCUGUCUAUUGAUAAGCUAUACGACUGGAAAGUUUCCGACCGGAGAAUAUAUACCAACAGUUUUCGAGAAUUACGCGGAGACUAUGACUGUCGACGAGGUUGACGUCAACCUUACCCUCUGGGAUACGGCGGGUCAGGAGGACUACGAACGCCUGCGACCACUAUCUUAUCCCGGGGCCGACAUAUUUCUCCUAUGCUUUAGCAUCGAUAACGUCCACUCGUACGAGAAUAUGAUCGCCAAAUGGCAGCCAGAGGUGAGACACCACUGCCCGAAGACACCGUACCUUCUGGUGGGAACCAAAACAGAUCUGCGAUAUUCUGGACGAUUAUCGCCCGAUAAUAAGAGCCAAACGGAUCUGACGACAGAUACGACGACGACCGACAACGGCCUCAAGCCGUUCAUCACGAAAGCGAUGGGCAAAAAGAUGGCCAAAAAAAUUCAGGCCAUUAAGUACAUCGAGUGCUCGGCGAUGACUAUGUCCGGGGUUAGGGAGGUAUUCACGGAAGCGGUUCGCGUAGUGCUGUGUCCACCGACUCAAAGGAUGUGUCAAAUUAUAUAACAAUUGUCUCAUUAAUUGUCGUUUAGUUUGUGAGCCUAUUAUAUGUGCCAUUCGUUGUAUUUAUAUAUGUUUUUAUGCAAAAUGUAUUUCAGUAUUGACUUAAUUUUUAUUAUUAGCGCAAAG